AAUGUUGGAAUCAGAAAAUCACCAUUGGCAGUUUUCAUGAACAUAAUUGAUCCAGGUAAGAAUCUCCAAGGAUGCUAACUAGUUGGGCAAAGUUUGAAGAGUGAUAGGAUAUGUAUAUUCUCCAAGUACCUCCCUACAACAUACUUACUAAUUACAAAAGGGGAAUAGCAGUAUUUCAAGGGAGAGGCCUAGAAGAAACUAGCACAGAGAACAUUGCUAAUAAUGGGACUUGGUCUCUGAUAUGAUGCCUUGAGAAGCCAGUGACAAUCUCAUGGUUUGUCCUUGACAAAGAGUGUAAUUAGAUCUAAUCACGGAGAAAAGUCCAAGAGACAGUCUAGAAAGUAGCAGGCUUAUAUAGCUCUGGAUUCAAGGGUUUCAGUGAAACUAAAGAAAUAUCACAGAUAAAUGUGAUCUUGUUUUUAUUUUUGCUCUAAAGGAUACUAUUAGGGCAACUGAUGAAAUUUAUAACAAGGAUUCUCAAACACAUAAUGGUGUCUUUCAAUGUAAAUUUCCUGAUUUUGAUUACUGUACCACACAAAUAUAGCUUUUUUUGUUAAGUCUAAAAUUAUGCCCCGAACCCCCAUCCUACUUUAAAGGCACCUAAAAUAACUUCUCCAUGUGGAUAUGCUUUCAUUUUGUCACGUAAUGAGGCUCAUUUAGUUUAAUUAGAUUUGUACAGCUUGGUGUUUUAAUUACACAAAACACGCCUGUACUUCCAAACUCAAAACUGCAAAACAAAUAAUACUCAGAGAGGUCUAGGUUUUGUCUUCUUUUACUACCCCGCACUAUCUCCCUCUUCAUUGGUAGGAUAUAAAAAUAAGAAAUAAAAUACAUACAAAAUACCUGCAUUUCCUGUAAUGUGCCCUGAACAUAUAGAGGAGGUUCCUUUCUAACUGCUUUUAUUUUCUUAGGGAAAUGAAAAGCAACUAGCAGGUGAGAGUAGGGGAAGGAAAUGGGGUUGCUGGCAGUUUGAGAAGGUUGAAGGUGUGAAACACUAUUUUUGAAGGAGGAUGAACUAGGGCAGUGACUCCCCAAUUUUAGCACCAGCAUCACCCAGAUUGUUGGGCCUCAUCCCUUGAAUUCCUGGCUGUUGGGUCUGGAUGAGGGUUAGAGUGUACGUCUGUUACAAGCUUCUGAAUUACUAAUGCUACUGGUCUGGAAGUCAUUCUUUGAGAAUGCCUGGACUAAGGACAUUGAGAUUCACAUUAAGGAGCGCUGGCAGUCCAGGGGCCCACUUAAGGUUUGAUAGUCAAUCCAGCCAGACCACUGUGUAGGAUUUGUGUGCUUGUACCCAGCAGUCCUCAUCUUCACUGGGGAGGUUCAGGCCUGGAGGAGGUGAUGAGCUAAAGUUCACUAGGGUUGGUUUUCACAUAAAGAGGGGAUGGUGACAAGCGGAAUGUUCAGAAUGAACAGAACAGGCUCAUAGAAAGAACUGGAAGAUAAUACUCAAAUUUGAUGGCAACCCUGCUGACUGACAUUGGGGAGAAAAUGAAGCUACAAUAUGAGAACACUAAAGUUUAAAAACAGGUGUGGGACAACGUACAAUACAGAAAUAGUGUUUAUAUUGUAUUUUAGGAGAUAAAAAGAACUUUAUGACUCAUUUAGUCAUGAAAAAUCCUGCCAGGAUUUUGAAGAAAUAUUCGCAUAUAUAUGUUUGUUGCAGCAGUAUUCAGAAUGGCCAAUAAGUGGAGACAACCUACAUGCCCAUUGAAAGAUAAGUGAACAAAGAAAAUGAAAUAUAGCCAACCAAUGGAAUAUACGACCUUAAGUAUGAAGGAAAUUAUGUUACACACUAUAGUAUGGAUGAACCUCAAGGAUAGUAGGCUAAGUAAAAUAAAUCAGUCACAAAAGGUUUAUGUAUGAUUCUACUCAAUGUCACAGAAUCAAAGUUGCUAAUGUUGAGACUAGGGGGAGAGAAAAUAAGUACAUAGUGGGUUGGAGUUCUAAGUCUGCAACAUAAUGAUAUAAGUACACUUAGCACCACUGGAUGAUACACUCAAAACUGGCUAUAUGGUAAAUUCAGUGGUAUGUGUCACUUACCACAGUAAGAAAAAAAAAUACUGCCAGACAAAUACAGUAAGCAUCUUCUUUCUCAGAGAUUCUCAGGGGGAAGUAAGAGUUUUAAAGUAUUUUUAUUCUAGCAAUGUAUAAUUGUUGUCUUGUGUAUUAGAUUCUUAACAAGGUAAAAGCUCUGGAGAAUAUGUUGUUCAAAAGAACAUGCCCAGAAAUACUUAAUCGGUAGAUGAAGCCCAAUGAGUUAAACACUGCUUAAACAAAGCUGCAGAAUGACGAUUAUGUUCUAAACAACCAGCAAAAGGGGAAAUGACACUCAGGCGCAGGGCAGCAGUUACACACAUGAAUUGAUGGUGGUUAAAUAGUGGACUGGGACCAGAAUGGAGGCUGCAGAGCCUUGCCACAUCUUCCUGGAGGUAGGAGAGACCGCUCCAGGUAACUUGGCUUCAAAAGGAGCCCCGGGGCUGUCACACUGAGAAAAGAAGGAAAAGGGGAAAAACAACUGCACCACAUGUGAAUAUAAAGAAGAGAACUCGAGCAAUUGCACCAUCGCCGGAUGGGAGAGCCCAGCUGUCAGAGCCUACUCUAAGGAGCUUUGCCUUUACCCCUGUACUUCACGAAAGCCUCAACUGAAAAUAUGAAGAAAUAAAGAAGUACACACGAAGAACAUGUCAUUUAGUACUCUGUUCUAAUAGCUACAGAAGACACUGAGAAGUCCCUGUAACGAUGACGACUACUUCAGCUGACAGCUGGCCCUGCUCCUCCUAUGGAAUGCACUUUAUAACUAAUUACAGUGACCAAGCCUCACAAAAUUUCUCAGCAGUGCCAAAUGUUACUAGCUGUCCAAUGGAUGAAAAACUACUAUCUACGGUGUUAACAACUUUCUACUCUGUUAUUUUCAUUGUGGGACUGGUUGGGAACAUCAUUGCCCUCUAUGUAUUUCUGGGCAUCCACCGCAAAAGAAAUUCCAUUCAAAUUUAUCUACUUAAUGUGGCCAUUGCAGACCUUCUACUCAUCUUCUGCCUCCCUUUCCGCAUAAUGUAUCACAUCAACCAAAAUAAGUGGACACUAGGUGUGAUUCUUUGCAAGGUUGUGGGGACACUAUUUUACAUGAACAUGUACAUUAGUAUUAUUUUGCUUGGGUUUAUCAGUUUGGAUCGCUAUGUAAAAAUUAAUCGAUCUAUACAACAAAGGAGGGCAAUAACCACCAAGCAGAGUAUUUAUGUUUGUUGUAUAGUAUGGACAGUUGCUCUUGCUGGAUUUUUAACUAUGAUCAUUUUGACGCUGAAGAAAGGAGGGCACAAUUCCACAAUGUGUUUCCAUUACAGAGAUAGGCAUAAUGCAAAGGGAGAAGCGAUUUUUAACUAUGUUCUUGUGGUAAUGUUCUGGCUUAUUUUCCUAUUGAUAAUCCUCUCCUAUUUGAAGAUUGGCAAGAAUCUACUUAGGAUUUCUAAAAGGAGAUCAAAAUUUCCUAAUUCUGGCAAAUAUGCCACAACAGCCCGGAACUCCUUUAUCGUGCUGAUCAUUUUUACUAUAUGUUUUGUGCCUUAUCAUGCCUUUCGAUUCAUCUACAUUUCUUCACAGCUAAAUGUGUCUUCUUGCUACUGGAAGGAAAUCGUUCACAAAACCAAUGAGAUCAUGCUGGUUCUCUCCUCUUUCAACAGCUGCUUAGAUCCAGUCAUGUAUUUCCUGAUGUCCAGUAAUAUUCGCAAAAUCAUGUGUCAACUUCUUUUUAGGAGAUUUCAGAGCGAAGCGAGCAGGAGUGAGAGCACUUCAGAAUUUAAGCCAGGAUACUCCCUGCAUGACCUCUCUGUGGCAGCCAAAGCACAGUGCAAUACUAAGGGUAACUGAGGCAAAUGUGCUAAAAUGAAACGACAGACAUAAGCCAGCUUCGUCAUUCCUUGAGAUCAGUAAAAUUAUGGAACAAAGCCCUAGAAUGUCCCAAACCCUGAUCUUUAGAAGUGAUUGUUCACUUGCUUACAUUGUAAAAUAGUUCAAGGCAAAGAGAAAAGCUUACAUUUGUCUCUAGAUUUUAGAACUAUAUGUAGAAUCUUCUCAGAAUAUAAUGUUAAGCUAACAUUUUUAACAACAUUUAUAAAGUUAAGUGAAGUUUAUGGAUUUAACAACAAAAUGAACGAAGUGUCAUUGUUUUUCAAGUCACUAAAGAGUUAAUAAAAAUUAGGCACUUGAUACUAAUUUUAAAUAUGUUUAAAAAUAAAGCAAUUUGGGUACUGUGUUAAAAUGUCAAAAAACAUGUUUGUUACUUCAAAAGCGAAUAUUUGCUGUAUUCAUUUAUGUUUAAAUCUCUGCUAACAAAUGAAUUAAUAAAUUUCUAAUAAAAGUGA